AUGCCUCUAAAGCGAAAGAGAGAUACGGAGCAGAUGUUCCAGUCGAGACAGAUCAAGUUUUUUAUUGGUCCAGAGAAAAUCGAGUACUCUGUUCACGAGUCUUCCUUCGCCGCUCUGUCUGAGAAGCUUAAGUCGAACUUCGCCGGUCUUGCCAACGACCCAUCCAUCUAUUGGGAGGAUGUCGAACCUGAUACCUUUAUUUCGAAGAUUGCCCCGGCUGCGAAUAACCACCAAGAGAAGGUCGAUAACGUCAAGGCUGAGAGCAGCAACGGUGACGACAGCGAUGAGAGCGCUGAGAGCGAUGAGACCGACAGAGAAGAUGAGACCGACGGAGAAGAUGAACUUGCCGGGUGUUUGCAAGAUUACAUGGAGUGCUGUUCACAAAAAGGUGCCCAAUACAAGUACAUCCAGAAACACUUCACCGACACUUCCGGAGAGAAGACUGGUUCACGAACCAAGACCAACGCGCCCAGUCCCUCGGAAGAUGCAUGGCUCAACGACAUCAAACAACGUGGCCAUACGGGCUACUUACCAGUUCUGAUGACGCACGUCAGGCUUUGCCUUCUUGCCCAGAAGCACUGUAUGAAGGAACUCAGUGAUCUCUGCAUACACAGACUUCGUAAAAGCUGGCUGUAUUGCCCUGGAACCCAAGAACGCACUAAGGCCUUCAUAUCCAUCAUCAGGACUGUGUAUCAAGAAACAUGUCCGAACAACGAGCUUCGCGCACUAGUCGUUCAGAUGUGCGUUAUCGACAUGCCGUGGUACAUGAGGAUUGACGGAUUCCGUGAUCUGAUCAGGCAGACUGCCAAUUUCAGCGCUGAUCUUCUCAUCGAAAUUCCCUUCUCCUACUGGGACGAGUUAAAAAAUUGA